AUGAAAACCAAGCUCGCAAAGAAGGCAUCUGAUGCCUUGUCUACCCAGUCACACUCAUCAUCUAAGUCUAUCUCGUCAUCCAUCUCCAAUAAGGCCAAGUCACUCAAAAAGGCCAUUGCAAAGGGUGCUAAGGCUCUGACCUGCCCCUUGAAGAAAGUCAAACAGUCAUUUGUGUCUCGUGACAAUGACAAAGCAAUGGCAGGUGCAUCCAAUCCUGAUCCUGAUUCUGCUGCAGAUCUCGAAGACUUGGUGGUCAUCUAUCUAUAG